CAGUUGUGUCCCUGUGGCUUUGGUGCGCCUGUGUGCACUUUCUCCCUCCACCUGGAGCAUGGGCUGACACUGGAGGAAAGGAAAAGACAGAGUCAGACAGGGAGCCUGGGGAGGGGCCAUGGUGCCAAUGCACUUACUGGGGAGACUGGAGAAGCCGCUUCUCCUCCUGUGCUGCACCUCCUUCCUACUGGGGCUGGCUUUGCUGGGCAUAAAGACGGACAUCACCCCCGUUGCUUAUUUCUUUCUCACAUUGGGUGGCUUCUUCUUGUUUGCCUAUCUCCUGGUCCGGUUUCUGGAAUGGGGGCUUCGGUCCCAGCUCCAAUCAAUGCAGACUGAGAGCCCAGGGCACUCAGGCAAUGCACGGGACAAUGAAGCCUUUGAAGUGCCAGUCUAUGAAGAGGCCGUGGUGGGACUAGAAUCCCAGUGCCGCCCCCAAGAGUUGGACCAACCACCCCCCUACAGCACUGUUGUGAUACCCCCAGCACCUGAGGAGGAACAACCUAGCCAUCCAGAGGGGUCCAGGAGAGCCGAACUGGAACAGAGGCGAAUGGCCUCAGAGGGGUCCAUGGCCCAGGAAGGAAGCCCUGGAAGAGCUCCAAUCAACCUUCGGCUUCGGGGACCACGGGCUGUGUCCACUGCUCCUGAUCUGCAGAGCUUGGCGGCAGUCCCCAGAUUAGAGCCUCUGACUCCACCUCCUGCCUAUGAUGUCUGCUUUGGUCACCCUGAUGAUGAUAGUGUUUUUUAUGAGGACAACUGGGCACCCCCUUAAAUGACUCUCCCAAGAUUUCUCUUCUGUCCACACCAGACCUCGUUCAUUUGACUAACAUUUUCCAGCGCCUACUAUGUGUCAGAAACAAGUGUUUCUGCCUGGACAUCAUAAAUGGGGACUUGGACCCUGAGGAGAGUCAGGCCACGGUAAGCCCUUCCCAGCUGAGAUAUGGGUGGCAUAAUUUGAGUCUUCUGGCAACAUUUGGUGACCUACCCCAUAUCCAAUAUUUCCAGCGUUAGAUUGAGGAUGAGGUAGGGAGGUGAUCCAGAGAAGGUGAAGAAGGAAGAAGUAACCUCUGAGUGGCGGCUAUUGCUUCCGUUCCAGGUGCUGUUCGAGCUGUUAGAUCCCUUAGGCUUGACAGCUUUGUGAGUUAUUAUUGAAAAAUGAGGAUUCCAAGAGUCAGAGGAGUUUGAUAAUGUGCACGAGGGCACACUGCUAGUAAAUAACAUUAAAAUAACUGGAAUGAACUCCUGAUCCCAAAGCCUAUUGUGUUUUCAACACAAGGUAAUAGGAAGCCAAGCAACUUGCAUGUCUCCCAAUCCCUGUCUAGGGACAGCUGCUGGUGCAGGAUGGAAGACUUCCUAUAAACAGAAUGGGCGACCAAUUGUGUCUACAGAGGGGGUGGGCUGAGCAUGGGCACGCAUGUCCCCAGCCUCCUGGACGAGCAAAGUCAGUCAAAGCGCUGGUGAUCCCUGCUCCGCGUGGCGUGCGUGGCAGUGUCUGUGCCUCUCCUGCCCAGGGGCUAGAGAGCAGUCUCCAGUGCAGGGUCCCCAUCCUAUCUGAAAACAGUGGAGUCAGUGGCCCCAGGUGGAGGGGCUUCCAGUUUUAACAAUGGGUUGGUAUGAAGGCCAGAAGGAGUGAAACAUGUGAGCUUUCUGGCGAGGAGACUCCCUCUUGAAUCAUCCAUAUGUAGCCCCGGGGUCACUUGCGAAGAGUCUCUAACAGCUUCUGCCUCACUCCUAAGCUCUGACCGCUAGGCUUUCACCCCAGCCGCCGGUCCUGAUUCCUGAGAUCCCAAUAUUGAGCACCAGGUUUCCUGGAAUUGUGUGCUGCGGCUGUGAUGUAGGUUUCGGUCGCUGGAAGCUGCUAAACCAUAGCUGACGCCCCCUCCUAAGCCAGCCUUCCUUCCCCGCGCGGGAAUCUGUCCAAGGCCUUGUCGCGCUCUCAGUCUCCUUCGCAGCCUGGCCCCAAGCGUUCAACUGCAAUAAAGCAAAACUCCAGCCAC